AUGAGCGAUGCAGGGAGCCUCCCUCCACCAACUCUUUUGCCACAAUACGCAAUUAGCGCAAUCACGACCAAUGACCUUGUAUUCCGGAGCACUGGCAUGGGGCUCGAAGACCCUCGGCUACAAGUUCCUGCCACCCUCCAACGGAUGACGAUCCCUCCGAAUUUCAUCGAUGCCUGUCCGCAUCCUGAUGUCGCACGUGUAGUCACUCGUCGCGCAGAAGGUUGCUAUGAGCCAGGAGGACCUAUACCUCGACCCCCAUCGACCCUACCUCCCCCAGGCCAUUCCACGCUAUCAUUUUCCCUGGGACGGUCCCUGGGUGCCGGACGAUCAGGCAUCGUCUUCGAGGUCCUCGAUCCUUGCCUGAGAGACUCAGACUCAGACGCACCUUCCGUUCCUUUGCCACCACUGGUCGCCAAGAUAGGCCGGCAGGAUCGUUGUCAGUCCAUCGUUCGUGAGGGAUGGUUCUACGAGGAGAUGGAGUGUUUGCAAGGAGUGGCGAUUCCGAGGUGUUAUGGUUGCUUCGAGCUGAAGCUUUCCAAGGGGUGUCGUGUUGGUCCCUGGGAGGACCCUAGAUUCGCGACUUUCGAAUCCGAGAGGUCUUGGGACGUUCUCCCCGAGUUUGAGAAGUUCAUUCCCGAGGUCUGUCAUGACGCCGGAUGGUUCCCGCAUCCUAUGUUGCCGAGGCUUGUUAUUGAACGCAAAUCCCUAUACGUACUCUUGAUGGAACGCUGUGGGCAUGAGCUCGAGGACGGCGUGUCGUAUUCAGCAGAAAAGGACGAUAUCUUAUCCGUAUACGAGGAUGUGGCUAACCUCGGCAUCUUCUUAACGGACGACGUACGAUCUAGCAAUAUUUUGUCCGCGCCGCAAUGCCCCCCAGGGAUACCGAGCCUUCCCUCGCCUUUCACCGGUCGCACCCAUAACUGGCGCGUCAUCGAUUUCGGGUUGGCCUUGAAGACGCCAUGGACGAAGGAACUCGUAUUCAAAGAGAGUCGUUCUUGGGUCAAGAUCAUGCUUGACGGGCUUCGUCAUCUUCCACGUUCCAGGCAUACGACAGGUGUCUCGUCCUCUUCUGAUUGAGUUAGCUUCUCGUCGAGGAUACCGUCUGAGGCGUGUGGGUCCGAAUUGGGGUUUGAGUUCAGCAUGUUGAUUCUGCAGUUUCCGUGAUAUAGAAAUUAUGCCUGGUGUUGGAC